AUGAGCACAACCACAUCCAUGGCCACGGCCACCAGUGCCCUAACCUCGGCGACAACCACCGAGACAUGCACCCAUCCCCAGCCUGGCAAAAACGGCUAUCUGCCGCCUGAAGCCUGCGAUGCAGUCCUGAUGUACGUGCCGUCGUUUGCAGCCGCCGUACUCUUCGGUGUCUUGUUCGGCUUCACCACCAUCUGCCACCUCGUACAAGCGGUUAUCUACAAGAAGAGGUACGCCUGGGUAGUGAUUAUGGGCGCUCUUUGGGAGCUCCUAGCCUUCAUCUUCCGCGCCCUCCUCACGCGUAAACAAAACAGCGACAUCUACGACACGCUGUACACGAUCUUCUUUCUGCUGGCACCGAUCUGUGAGCAAGCACUGCCCUCUCUAUACCACUCCCUCUCAGCUAUACCCCUCCCAACCAUAGCCCCACCAUCCACCCACAACGCCAAAGGGAUCAACGCCUACCUCUACAUGACCCUAGGCCGACUCAUCCACUUCUUCCUCCCAACCCGCCGCCUCGCCCACCUCACCUCGACCCACUACGCGCGCCUCUUCGUCUGGCUCGACAUCGUCGCCUUCCUCGUCCAACUCGCGGGUGCCUCCAUGACGACAGGCGAGGACCAACCGCAAAGCACGAUAAUGCGGGGCCUGCACAUCUACAUGGGCGGGAUCGGGAUGCAGGAGUUCUUCGUGCUGAUCUUCACAGGACUAACCAUCCACCUGCACCGGAAGCUGCUCGCCAUGGAGCGCGCCGGCACCCUGGACGCGGAGCGCGUCCACCGCGCGGCCGGAGGACCGUUCCGACCGACGUGGAAGAAACUGCUGGCCGCGAUGUACCUGGCGCUGGGGCUGAUCACGGUGCGGAUCGUGUUCCGGCUGGCGCAGUACGCGCGGGGCUCGGACGUCAACAACCCCGUGCUGACGCACGAGUGGUACGAGUAUGUGUUCGAUGCGGUGCCCAUGUUCGUCGCGCUGGUGGGGUUGAAUGUCGUGCAUCCCGGGCAGGUGCUCCGCGGGGAGGGGUCGGAGUUUCCGCGGCUGAGUCGGAGGGAGAAGAAGGCUUUGAAGCGGGAGAGGAAGGAGCGGAAGCGGGAGGAGAGGAUGAGGAGGAAGCUGGGGAAUGGCGCCGGGGAGUCGUUUGAGGAGUUGGGGGCGCUGGAGGGGGGGGAUGUUGGGGUGAGGGGUUAG